CCUGUCUCUGUAGGACUAUGACUGCAUGAAUCCUGUCCUCUUUUCACCUGGCUACCAUAUGUUUCUCUGACAACACAACUCAGCUUUGGAACACCUUUCACCACCCAGAACUUGUUCAGUCAAAUCUAGAAGAAUCUCUAAAGACACUUAAACUUGAUUAUAUGGAUCUCUUUCUGAUUCACACUCCAUUUCCUCUCAAGCCGGGAUCAGAUGCACUACCAAGAGAUGAAAAUGGAAAGCUGAUCUUCGAUGAUGUUGACUUGUGUCAAACCUGGGAGGCCAUGGAAUCAUGUAAAGAUGCAGGUUUGGUGAAGUCCAUUGGCGUCUCCAACUUCAACCAGAGACUGCUGGAAAAGAUCCUGAACAAACCUGGCCUCAAGUACAAACCUGUUAUCAACCAGGUUGAAUGUCACCCUUAUCUCAAGCAAGCCAAGCUGUUGUCUUUCUGCAAAUCAAAGGAUAUUGUCCUUGAAGCUUUCUCUGCUCUGGGAUCACAGAGGGACAAGGCCUGGAUGGACACAAGCACCCCAGUUCUGCGUGACGAUCCAGUACUGGCCGACAUUGCCAAGAAACACAGGCGAAGCACUGCCCUCAUUGCCUUGCGCUACCAGUUGCAGCGUGGCAUUGUGGUCCUGGCCAAGAGUUUCACCACAAAACAUAUUAAAGAAAACCUCCAGGUGUUUGAUUUCCAGCUGCCUGAAGUGGACAUGAAAACCCUCAAUGACCUCAGAAGAAAUGUUCGCUACAUGAAAUUGAAAGAAUUUGCUUCCCAUCCUAACUAUCCAUUCAGAGCCGAAUAAAGUCCUUUGAUUGACUCCAUCCUUGAUACUGUUUUCUCCCAUCAACAAAUGAAUCUGUCAUCAUCACUGUUCCAGAAGAUCUUAGCACUGAAAUAAUUUUCUAAAUCACAACCAGGAUGACAAAGACCUUUUCACUGGAAGAAGUAUUUGCAGGGUCAACUGGAUGGAAAACCUGGGAAAUACAGGAUGCUGUAGCUGUGCUGGUGUG